CCUCUCUUUCUUUAACGCCCGUGGCUUAAGAAAUGCGGAGUCAUUGCGCCUCGCUCUCUGCCGAUGCCUCGGCCCAAGCCUGACUCAUCAUGGCCAAAAUGGGGCCCUACCGUGUGGGACUUGGUGUGAUAUUAGGAGCAGCAGGAAUAGGUCUUUUCUACUACUUUUACAAACAAAAGAGAAAAAAAUCUUGGUGGAGAGGGAGUUCCAAAGGCCCUAAUGCACGGAGUCUGCAAAAUGCUCUAGGCUCUCAGGAAUACACAGAUAUCAUACAGCCACAUAAUCAAGUUCCACUGAGACAAGGACCAAUAGAGGGUGGUGACAACAGCCCAUACACACCUUUUCUAACACAUGAAGAACAAGCAGAAGUGCUGAACCGUUUGGACUUUGUGUUAAAAAGCCUUAUAGAGCUGCGGCAUGAAGUAGAAGAGUUGCGGAAUAGCUUGCAGGGUUUAGCUGGAGAAAUCAUUGGUGAAGUGAGGUCCCAUCUAGAAGAUAGCCAGAAGGCUGUUCGGCGGAAGCGCUUUGCAUUUCCCAGAGAAAGGAGUGAUUCUGCAGGAUCCAGCUCCAUAUAUUUCACAGCUAGUUCAGGCACAGUGAAUACAGAUGGUGAAAGUGAAGGAGGCUAUACCACAGCCAACGCAGAGUCUGAUUAUGACCGGGAGACUGAUAAAGAGAGUGAGGAAGAUGAAAACAGUUGCGAUACAGUGAGGACUGCGAGGAGGGAUUCCCUGGACCUUGUCAAUGAGGAUGAAGCAACACUGACCUUUGACUCUGCUGUGGAGGAAGAGCUUAGCCAGUUGCUUCAUCAAGCGGAUCAGUUACACAGUGGGAGUGACCAAGAGAAGAAAGAAGGAUUCCAACUGUUGCUUAACAAUAAAUUAGUGUAUAGUUGCAAACAGGAGUUCCUUUGGCGGCUGGCUCGAGCAUAUAGUGACAUGUAUGAAAUCACAGAUGAUGCAGAAGAGAAGAAAUCCUAUGCAGCUGACGGGAAAGAGGAGGCAGAAAGGGGUCUGCAGAUGGGAGGUCAGAUUGCUGAGUGCCACCAGUGGUAUGCUGUUCUGUGUGGUCAGUACUCAGAACAUGAAAGUAUACAAAGACGCAUUCAAGCUGGGCACGUGUUCAAGAAACAUAUAGAUCAAGCAAUUGCUCUGAAACCAGAUGACCCCAAAUCUUUCUAUCUCCUGGGCCGAUGGUGUUACCAGGUCUCUCACUUGGGAUGGUUAGAAAGGAAAACUGCUUCUGCUUUGUAUGAAGAACCUCCUACAGCCACUCUCCAAGAUGCACUGCAAAAUUUCUUAAAGGCUGAAAACCUGAGGGCUGGUUUUUCAAAAGCAGGCAGGGUAUACAUUGCCAAGUGCUACAGUGAACUGGGGAAUAACACUGCAGCUGCUCACUGGUUGACUCUGGCUUCCGAGCUGCCAAUUAUCACAAAAGAGGAUGCAGAAAGUAACAAAGAAAUUGAAGAAAUGCAGGCAGUUUCAGAAGCCUAAUCAAGUUCAAAGUUCCCA